GGCCGAGCGGGCGCAAGUGGCGCCGGGAUUCAAAGCGUCGGUUGAGGCGGAAGUGGCGGGCCAGAGGUGCUGCGAUGCCGCCGCCCUCCGAGGAGCGGCUGCGGGGGGCCGGGGAGCAGCCUGGGGGGCGUCAGGCGGGACCCCCGUGGUGCAGCUGGCGGGUGCUGGCCGAGAGGAACCAGAGCGUGGCCGCCGUGGGCGCCUGGGUGGAGAGUGCUCUGGAGCAGCCGCAGGGGAGCCUGGCCUGCGCUUCAGCAUUUCAGGUGGAGGAGGAGCUGAAGGAGCUGCAACGGGAGAAAGCAGCCAGCCUGAGACGAUUCCAGGGAGAGGUGAAGCAGCGGGUGAACCAGCAGGUCAGGAUGCGAAGAAGGCAGCAGCUGCAGAAGUCCUACGAAGCAGCAGAGAGGGAGAGCUGCAUUGCCACGCAGUACUCGGACUCCGCGCUGCGCCUGACCCCCAGGAAGAACACGUGCCUUUUCCGGAGCCACCCCGCACCCGCCAUCUGUGGUCCUGGAGCUCGCGCCGUCCCGGCACAGCGGCAGUGGACGCCGAGCGAGCCGUUCCAGCAGCAAGCCGCCCAGCUUAGCAAAACUGUGAAGCAAGUUCGGCGCAGGCUGGCGUCCUGCAAAACUGUGCCCCAAGGAGCGGGUGCCCCUGAGCUCCCUGGCGGCGUCUGGAAGCGAGAGAAACCAGAGUCUUGCAGGACAGCCACAGUGCCCGCAGAAGAUGAGAGUGAGGAACUGCUGCUAGCAGGACACCACGAUCUGCCGGCUGAACUGCAAGACCAGGGGGUCGCCCCCCAUCGAGCUGAGCAAGAAGAUGACUUCUACAUCAAAAUUGAAUUUGCAAAAUUCUGUGAGGGACCGGUGAAGGACUCAAGCUCACCUGAGCCUCCCCAGAGGCUGCACAGCUAUUACCAGGCUCCCCUCAUGCUCUGGGCCGGUGUAGACCAAGAGGAAACCAAGAAGCAGCGUCAGGAUCAGUACCUGAGAUACAGGCGCCUCUUCAUGAACAUCGAGCGCGAGCAAGUGAAGGAACAGCAGAGGCAGAAAGAGAGGCAGAAGAGAAUCGCCAAGAUUAAGGGCAAGAAGGAGAACGAGCGCCAGGCGGAAGAGCAGAGGAUGCAGGAGGCAGCUGAGCAGCAAGAACCCUCCCUGGGAGAGGGCACCUGUGAAACCCUGGCCCAGCUUAAACUGCAGGAGAGGAGAGCAGAAAAUAUUAAGGAAAAACAGCAGCGAAAUAAGGAGUACAUGAGGUACAUCGAAGCUCUAAGAGCCCAGAUGAGGGAGAAGAUAAAACUGUAUAACAUCGACUUGCCCCCGCUGUGCUCCUGUGGGUCCGAUUUCUGGGAUUCCCACCCGGAUACCUGCGCCAACAACUGCAUCUUCUACAAAAACCACAAAGCCUACAGCCACGCUCUGCAGUCGGUCAUCUUGUCCUGCGACCCCGCAGGCAGGAGCUCCUCGGCGAGGCUGCCGCUCCGGGACCUGGCCGCGCUCUGUGCUCGCUGGGGGAAGCAUCUGUGACGAUGGCAGCCGCGUCCCCCGUCCCCACCUUGUAUUUUGGCAACUGUUGUAAGUAAAGAGCGGGGCUGGGCCCUGUCCUGCGGGUCCCUCUGCUCCGUCCCGCAGGACGGCACCUUCCCUCUCCUACUCCUCGUGCUCGGGUUUAAGCUGCACCUCUCCCUUUUUGCUCCGUGUGCGUGCUCGGCUGGACCAGGAGCACGGGGCCAUGAUGGGUGCGAAGGAGCCCAGCGCUCUGCGGGGCUGGCUUAUAGGCAGGCACUGGAAUUUUAGCAUUCAGCUGCGGAAUAAACUGUUUUUAAGGUU